AUGAAUAUGGAUUUAUGUGGUGAGAUAAAUCAACAUAAUGACAACCAUUCAAAUGGCUAUGAGAUUUAUUCUGAAAUGAUGCAAUCAUCAGAAAUUUCGACUAAUCCACCAGCAAUAUCUUUAAACUGCACAACUUGGGAUUUCACUUCAAAUUCAAUUUUAUUAUCUAAAGCAAUUACAUGUGCAGAACAACAAUUAAACAAAACUAUCAAUCAAGAUUUAGAAUUGAAUCUUGAACAUUUAGCUAUUCAAAAUACUUUAAUUGUACAAAAUUUUACUAAUAGUGUACUGAUAAUUCAUUGGACACCAACUAAACAAAUCGACGUCAAUAAUCAAGUGAUUGUUGAGAACAACAAGAACAAGAAAUCAGUGAGCAAUUUUCGAAUUGAACCAACAUUAAAAGAACUUGCGCCGAAUAGUUCAACAGAAUUCACCAUUAUGUUUACACCAGUAAGUCAUGAGUAUUCGAUUGUAAACAGUGUUUUCUGGUUUUUGUUAAUCUGA